CAAGAUUUUCAAAGUCAGUCCUGGCUGCAUAUCAAGCCCUGAUCUACUGUGGACAGCUGUUUCAUCCCCCUGUCCUUACCCCGCUCACCCUUUGAUACGGACAUGUGCACACAUGUGUUAGUUCAACUGUGAUCCAAUAUAGAUACCUCUCCCAGCAUCAACGCGCGUGCGUUCCACUUCCUCGUCUCUGUAUCCAAAUAGUCUCCCUUAAAACAGAGGGCCUCAGUGCGUCCUUACUUUCGGACAUUGAUUUCCUCGACCUUAGGGCUGACACCAGCUCAGUUAUUUAACCUUAGGGCUACCACCAGCUCUGUGUUUCGCGUUCAUGACUUUCGACAUCAAAAUCGACAGCAGGACUAGAGUUAAAAAUUCCUUCAUAGAUAGUGUAGUAUUAUUCUGUUGGGAUUACAUGCGCAAGAACUCCCUUUGAAUGUUAAACCUGUGUAAUGGAAGUGAUAGAGUUAAUUGUAUGCUAGUGAAAUAGUCGUGAUACACAUAUUAGCGUGUGCUAAAUUCAAAAGUUGGAUAAUGUGUUAAGAUGUUUGGAAUAUAUUGCAUUCACAUUCUUGCUAGAUGUGUAGCAGCAGGAAAGAAGUUCAACCACAGUUGAUGCUAUUGAUCGUAACAUUACAUCUUCUUGCUCUUUUUUUUCCAGCUGGUUUUCAUUGCUAUAUAAUGAUCUGUUCUUAUUGGACGUAGUAUUCUAAGUCCACCCGUCAUUUAAGUCUCAAGACACGCCAGCAUAAUCAAAUGUGUUUUAGGACGAAUAAUUAACACUGACAUCUUAUGCUGGUACGCUCGCGUUCUCUCCGACUGUCACUAGAUCACAUGGCUUGACUCAAUGAUCUGUCAGUGGCUGACAAAGUUAUGGCCCACAACGACAAGACGACAACGAACUACCCACCAAAGAAAGAAACCCGCCAAACGCACAAAGACAGUGUUACAAUUUUUCACCAGAUCCCUCAUCAGCAGACCGAGUUCUUUGAGAGGCGUUAUCGCUUUCAGAAGAGCUUUUCGUUCGCGCUUCCAUAUCGGAAGUCGAUUUUCUUGCAGGAGAAGCAAAGAAAACCUCGCCGUCACUCCAGCCUUACAGUUUGGCGAUUGGCAGACGAUGGAAAGGCAGAGGUCGCACAAGAGGUCGUCCUUUCGCAUGCGAAUAAGUCGGCGCAUGCGUGCAGAGUUCACGCCUGUUCCUCAACACGAGAGUGACUCCGACCCCGGACGUGACGUCAGGGAAACGGAAGCGGCUCUGAAAAAGAAAGAUGGCGGCGAGACCCGGAAAGAAGGUCAUAAGCAGAAAGAAGAUCACGGCGCGAAGAGAGACUCUGGGCAGGACAACAAACUGACCGUUGGUCAGUCACAUUCUCAUCACGAGAAAGAAUGCCGCUACGAUAAUUUCACGGAUUUGAACGUGGAGCUCCAGGAGGACAUCAUUGGCUUCAACUUUCGAAGGAAAAGGCGGAGCUUUGGCAGCGAGAGUGAGAAAAGGAGAGGCGAGAGGUUUCAGAGGCGGGAAAUUGAGAAGAGGAUUACCCUAGACGAGAGCGAUGGUGCAGAGGCGGAAUCCAGCAGUCUCGACUCUCAUGUAUGUGAUGUUAGCUGUCCACUCAUCCCUUACGGAGAGUGUCCAAAGUCUUCCAAGGCCAAGAGAAAACCUAAGGCUCCUCGGCGGUCAAGUUUCACGUCCUCUUCGUCCAGGGAGUCGGCCUUGAACCUCGCUGUAGGUCAAAGCCGUCGUCUGAAAUCAUUGGCCUCCCUGAGCAUUGAUGACCUGCCCGGAGUGUCCAGCGGCGAACAUGGAAAUGCCACCAGGAGUCCAGGCCUACAUAGCACUGCCUCCAUGUGGAGUACCAGCGAUCUCCGAUAUCCCGCGCCUGCGCAGAAACAAGAACCAGACACCAUAUCACACAUCGGCACCAACAGUUUGUCAAACGUCAGCGGGAGUCUUGGCGAUAGGAUGCACGAACUGGUCCGAGCUUUCUCUGGCCGGACCCAGAGGGCCAAAGAGAAAAUAUCCCAGCCCCCUACUCCUUCCUCUGACUCGGACUACGACGCUAAAUCAGCUAUAUCCGGCACUGAUGAGCCUCAAGCUCCAAGAAACAUUCGACUGGGCUCCUUCCUGCCUAUGGGCUCUAGAACCAGCGACGCCUUCUCAGACGACAACCACGACCAUUUUGUAGGAGUCUGGCACUGCAGGUUUAAAACUCCGAAAUUUCUCAAGCGAAUGAGGUUCCCAUCCACCUUCGAGCCACAUAGUAAAACUUAUGUCACCUGGCUUUUUCUUGUGGCCUUGGCAUUCAUGUACAAUGCCGUGGUCAUCCCAUUACGAGGAGUCUUCCCAUAUCAGACGGACGACAAUGUUCGAUACUGGAUGAUAGUCGAUUACAUCUGUGAUUUGAUCUACAUAGUAGACAUCCUGGUCUUCAAAGUUCGAGUACGAUUCGCUAACAAUGGUAUCGUGGAGACUGAUUGGUAUGCCACCAAGAGACACUAUACCAAAAAGUGGAUGUUUAAGUUUGACCUGCUGUCCCUCCUACCUCUUGACUUCUUCUACCUCAUUGACAGUGUUGGUAUCAAUCCUUGGCUUCGACUGCCCAGAGUCUUGAAGAUCCAAACAUACUGGGAGUUUUACGAGCGCUGUGAUCAGGCAUCUCGGUCCUCUGCUCAUGCCAUCAGAAUCAUCAAGACGAUGUGUUACAUGUUGUUCCUGAUCCACAUUGAAACGUGUGGCUACUACGCCAUGUCCAUACAUGAAGGCAUUGGAAUUAACGCCUGGGUUUACGAUGGACGCGGUAUAGCGUACAUCCGGUGUUUUUAUCUGGCAGUCAAAACGGCCACUUCCAUUGGAAACAAUCCAGACCCAACCAAUGAGAAGGAGUAUAUUUUCAUGACUUUCUAUUGGUUGUCGGGUGUGUUUGUCUUCGCCCUGCUCAUUGGUCAGAUCCGAGACAUCGUGGAGGCUGCCGGAAUGGUCAAAGACAACUACAGGAAGAAAAUGGACGCCUGCCACUGGUACAUGCAGUCUAUUAACUUACCCAAAGAAAUGAAAGACAGGGUCAGGCAAUGGUUUCUGUAUAACUGGAAUCAACAAAAGACUAUUGACGAGAGAUCUCUAGUGGUCUCGCUACCUAAAAAGCUCCAAACAGAUCUGGCCAUUAACGUGCACUUCAACACACUGAGCAAGGUCCAGUUAUUUCAGGACUGCGAGAGAAACCUCCUGUAUGACCUGGUCUUGAAGCUAAAACCUAUUCUCUACCUACCUGGGGAUUACAUCUGCCAAAAGGGUGAGGUUGGUAAAGAAAUGUAUAUAGUGACCCAAGGUCAAGUGGAGGUAGUGGGCGGAGAGAACAACACCACGGUCCUGGCCACUCUGCACGAAGGAAGUGUAUUUGGAGAAAUAAGUCUCCUGGCGAUGUCAGGUCGAGGCAAUCGCCGAACAGCAGACGUGAGAAGUAAAGGUUAUACCAACGUCUUCACGCUGUCCAAACAUGACUUUGAGAUGGCCAUGACGGAGUACCCGGACGCACAGGCAGUACUCAAAAAGCGAGCAAAAAAACUUUUGAAAGCCAACGCCAAGAUGGAGAAGAAACACAAAAAGGUGGAAGCUGAAGAAAUCAUCAAAUCCUCACCAGAAACACCAAAACUUCUGCAGACUGUGAUUCAAAUCAUGGACCCAGACUCCAAUGUUGUGAAACAACUGACUCCAAGCGUGCGAAGAAGUCAGAGGAGUUUCAAAAGACCUCAUUCUAGAUCUCAUAGUUACAGGCUGAGCCCUACUACGGCCAACGUUCACCACCUGACCCCGCCAAGGUCACACAGUUACAGGAUGGCCAACAAAACAAGCUGUGAGAUCUUGACCCCGGUUCUGGGCCAUGACAGGGUCAUCGUCAGCCCGGACAAAGAUGGUUACGACACGGACGAAGAGAAUGACGAGCCCAUGGUGGCGGACAGCUCGGAUGACGUGUCGCUGUCAGAAGUGCUGCAUGAUGCUGGAGUCAGCAGCAGCUUUGAGGAUGAUGAGGAGGAUGAUGACGACAUGCUCAUGAAUGACAACUACAAGAAGAACAGGAACAGGCCGAAUUCCUCCACGGACAUUUGGGACGGAGAGAAAGACAAAAGACAAGAAAAGGAGAAAGAAGGAAAAAGAGAAGUGGUCAGUCCAGGGAUCAACAAGCAGCAGAUGGAACCAUCCAACCGUGAAAAUGUUAAUGAGUCUGAUCACGUGACGUUUGUAAGAAAUCUGCCAGAAAGAUCCUGGUUGGACCAAGAGAUUCAAACUGGUGGUCAUGUUGACACAUGUCAAGAAAGUCUGGUCGAGCAGACGAUUAUUGACAACAACGGAAACGAGACGCCGAGCUCUACGCUAAAAGGUCCGAACGGACAUAUUACUCCAUUGAGGUGCAACAUGCUGCAGCCCGAUGACUCCAUGGAAGAUUAUAUUGAGAAGCAGAAGUGGCCAGGAAAUAACGGCAAAAACCUGCAUGAAAAUGGCCACCAACUCAAUGUUUCCUCUAGGAUGGAAAAAUUGGCGCCGCCCCCUCUGGUGAUGCCGUCCUGCUCGGUCUCUACAGAAAACCCAGACAACGGCAGCAGCAGACACAGAAAACUUUCAGUAGUCACCCCUCCCGUGUCGCCUGCUUCGCCUCGAGAUAAGCCAGCCAAUCAAAACUGGGCAUCAAACUACAGUCCGAGAUCUCCUGCUUCUCCGUUGGAAAAGGUGAACUCUCACUGGGCAUACAAUCCACAGUCGCCUGCUUCCCCAAGAGACUUAUCGGGUAGUGCUUCCUGGAAUAAAACCUACAAUCUUCAUUCCCCUGUCUCACCCAAUGAUAAGUCCAAGGCCCAUUGGUCAACGCAAGGUCAAAUCAUAAAUAAAAGAGACACCACCAGCCCUAGCUCGUUCUCGGGCUCUGGACAUGAGACUAUUCCCAUUAUGCCACUUCCUCCCGUGGAAACUGUCAUUGUGAAAAACAACAGGCUUCCAGAAAACCCUCACCAUAUCGGGGUUAAAGGAUCGGUUCUGACCAACGGACUUGAAGGGUGUUGUGGUUCUGGACCCUUGGUAGACAUUCCUCCAGAGAAUAGGAUCACUUGCUCUGUUGAGAUUCAUAGACAGAAAAGUAUCACCAGUAGUAGCACGGAUAUACAUGGACAUACAGAGACAAUGUUAUAGACACAUACAGUAGAGACUUAAACAGAACCAUGUGGACAUACAGAGACUAUGUUAUAGACACAUACACAGACUAUGUUAUAGACACAUACACAGACUUUGUUAUAGACACAUACAGUAGAAACUUAAACAGAAACACUUGGACAUACAGAGACUAUGUUACUGACACAAACGGAAAUAUAAGUACUUGGACUAUGUUAUAUACAGUAGACAGGAUCAGUUAAAAGAGAGUUUUGUUUUGAUAAGACUGAUAAGAGAUUUUAAACAUAAAAAUCCCUGCGAUAGGUCAUGACAAAUCAACUAUUCUUUCUAUCCUUAGGAGGUAUUUUGUGGGUACUAGAUUUGCGUUUGCCUAUCUCUUAGUGACAAUUGUUGGCAUAUUUCGGACACAUUUCUUAAUACUAAAAGAAAGUUCUCACAUUUUAGAAACAAGGAAAAUAUAAAGCAAUACUUUUUUUAAAAAGUGUAUAUUGAGUAAUUGUAUCAAUUAGUUUGGAUCCGUCAUGAGUUCAAAUUUGUAAUAGAUCAAGUUUUCUAGACUAACAAUAAUAAAUCUGUGCGAUUAGAAAUAUUUUUACCAAUAGUUUUUGUUUAGUCAUUUCAUGCAUUUGACGUUCUCACUACCCUAUAUAAUCCUAACGCUUGUCUGGACCAGUUGGAAAGGAGGUGGGUGGAGAAUAUAUAGGAUAUCUGGUCAUGAUCGCUUGUAAAUGCAUAUUCAUGCCUCCCCUCUCUAACACUGUGUCAGGGCAGUGCUCAUGGAAAUAGGUUUUGUAGUUAUCUAUUGUUAGUUUCAACGCUUUCAUCCCCUUCCCCCUUGGUGUCGCCCAACAACCCCAGACAUACGCUUGAAAUUAGUAGACCCUAAUGCCACUAAGCAAAGCCGUUCAUCUAACGACCUUCAAAUCCUAGCUCUGGAGACCAUUAAUACCUUCAAGCCCAGUGCUAUUUUUGCAUACACUGAUGGAACGGCAUCAAUAGAUUCUGGAAGAGCAGGCUAUGGAGCCUACAUCGACUUUCUUGGCUCUUACACAGUCAAAAUCUUUGGACCAUGUGGUAGUGUUUGCAGUUUUGAUGCGGAGACCAUGGCAGUCUGUGAAGCCUUAAAAGUCAUUGACUCUCAACUCGGUGAGGGACAUUUGAGGGCAACACAGAUUGUUGUGGUCACUGACUCAAAAUCUGUGCUACAUGCUUUGCAAAGCCCCGGACCAUGGCCCCCCAAUAUCAACACUGUCAUCAUGGCUUCACAUAACAUCAAACAACGCUAUGGCACCCCUGUAAUAUUGCAGUGGGUACCGAGUCACAUAGGUGUGACUGGCAACACAAUCGCAGACUCUUUGGCCCACCAGGGAGGGCAAAUUCCACCCACUGAUCAGGCUGUAAGCUUUCAUCAAGCCCUGGCUAUAAUACAAAAAACAGAAAUGGAAAAGUGGUUUGAGUGCUGGGACAAGUCCCAAAAAGCCCGUGGAGUCUGGGAGCGCAUGAUGCGCCCUGACCGCACUUCCCCGUGGUGGAGGCUGUCCAGGCCUGAGCAAGCUAUUAUAGCACAGUGCAGGACAGGCCACUGUCCUGUUGGCUCAUAUUUCUCGUGGCUAUGGCCAAAUUUCGAUUCACGGUGCCCUCGCUGCGGGGAAGAAGAGGAAACCGUGCCUCAUAUUCUGUUUGACUGCCCCAGACUUGCUGAUCUCCGUCUCGACAGGUCUGGGAAACCCAAAAUUCUCGACCUGUAUGGCGACAUUCAUGCACUACGCAAGACAGCAGGGUUUCUGUCCAGGGCUUUUGCAAGAGAGGAUUUGAGCCUCUCAAGCCCUCACUCUAAUGGAGUUUGAUGAUGAUGAUGAUGAUUGUUAGUUUCAAACUCUAAGCGGCCACCAAUUUCUUUCUACAUAGUUUAAAGGGGACUAAUUCAACUUGUACCACCACAUCAAUCAAGUACAAUUUCUUUCUCUUGUUCGAUACGAAAAAAAAUAAUUAAUUGCUAAUAUUUAUUAACUAAUUGUUUAAUUUUCAGGAAAAAGAAAUGAUUGGGGAAAAUUUUAGCUUUAUUCCAGAUUGGGUGUGGAAGAAACAAAUGUGUACAAACUUUUUACCAGACAGACACUCUGUGUUUUGAUAUAAGCUUUGUAAAAAUAAGAAUAUUUUGUUAUUGUUUUGUUAUGUUUUUUGUUAUUGUGAGAAUGUAAUUCGACUAUUUCACAUUAUUAUGAAGAGGAAAAAAAAAUGACAUGUAUAUAUUACUACAUAUUACACACCCUGGGGGCAGGGUCUGCCUUAUGAAAAAAGAAUUUGGUGGCGAAAAAAAAACUAAAAUUACACAAUUUAUUGAAACCCUAGUGUCCUCCAACAAUAAUAUUGAGGACAAGUUUGUCUAUUUCUUCUCUAAAAGAUUGUUGGGAGUUCUGUGCAAAACCCUGCACCAAUAGGAGGCCCAAGGUGGCUGCCUACAUUUCCUAUGCCUAAGGCCAACACUGAAAGUGGAAAAGUUACAUUCUCACAAUAACAAAAAGCUUAACAUUCAUCUUAUUUUUACAAAGCUUAUAUCAAAACUCGGAGUGUCUGUCUGGUAAAAAGUCAAGAAAAAGAUAAUGGGUUUUAUAAAAUCAAAUUUAGCAAACCUUGACAGACCAAUGUAAAAAUGACAACUGGAAUAUCACUGAUUGCUUAUAUUAUCAGACAAGCUGUUACACGUUUACCCACAUUUUCAGUAGUACUGAAGUUUUCAUUCAAUAUGUUGCAAACUCUCCAGAGAUAUUAGUUAAUAGUGUAACUAUUACUCAAGACUCAUGUGUAUAAGAUAUUCUGGUAUGAUGUUCUCCAAGUAAGAUUUUACUAAGGCCUAUAUAUUAACAGAAUUGUUUACAGGUUAGUCUAUUAAAAAAAAAAAAAAGGAUAUUCCAUGUUAAGAGUGAUUAUCAGUUCAAGUAAUUUUUUUAAACAAUGAAACUUGAAAAGAAAAAUGUUUGUAAAAUUAUUUUAACUUGUUACAUAUUAAAGUUUCCUAGCUUUCUCUCCAUGAUCUACUAGAAUGCUCAACUGACAGUCACGCAACAAAUUGUGUCAAUGGCCUGCUUUCAGAUGUGUCAGAGAAUAUAAGUACAAGAUUUCAAUGGCCUGCUUUCAGAUGCAAAAAAUGUGUAUCCUUAUUGUUUAGAAGAUGUUAAAACAAGUUCAAUAUGCAGUUGGAGGAUUCAUUAAACUAUCAACCAAGUAAAACAAACAACAAACACA